CUCAGGGCUCUUGACUCAAGAUUGAAGGGAAAAUUAGGAGCUGCUCAUUUGGGCUUGCGGGCUCAGCAGCACUGCUCAGCUUCAUUUCGUGUUCUCCCGGUGUCCUGUGGAAAGGGGUCAACAAGUGCUGGGGAGGGUACAGAGAGGCUGUGGCUGGCGUCACCUUCUGUUGCUAAGGUGAAGAUUUUUCUCUCUAAAUUCUGUGCCUGGAACAUCAAGGAUGGAUUAUCCCAAAAUGGAUUAUUUUCUGGACGUUGAGUCUGCUCACAGACUCUUGGAUGUUGAGUCGGCUCAAAGGUUUUUCUACAGUCAAGGAGCUCAAGCUCGCCGGGCGACCCUGCUCCUGCCUCCCACAUUAAUGGCGGCAUCUUCGGAGGACGAUAUAGACCGGCGGCCCAUCAGAAGAGUCCGCUCCAAGAGCGACACUCCGUACAUCGCGGAGGCCAGGAUCUCCUUCAACCUAGGGGCAGCUGAGGAGGUGGAGAGGCUGGCGGCGAUGCGUUCCGACUCCCUGGUCCCAGGUACCCACACCCCACCCAUCCGGAGGAGGAGUAAGUUUGCCAACCUGGGCAGGAUCUUCAAGCCCUGGAAGUGGAGGAAGAAGAAGAGCGAGAAGUUCAAGCACACGUCGGCAGCCCUGGAAAGGAAGAUAUCCAUGAGGCAAAGCAGAGAGGAGCUGAUAAAGCGAGGGGUCUUGAAGGAGAUCUAUGAUAAAGAUGGGGAGCUCUCCAUAUCCAACGAAGAUGACUCCCUGGAAAACGGACCGUCCCUCAGCUCCAGCCAGCUGUCCCUGCCCGCCCUGUCCGAAAUGGAGCCAGUCCCCAUGCCGAGGGAUCCCUGCUCGUAUGAGGUGCUCCAAGCUUCAGACAUCAUGGAUGGGCCAGUGUCUGAAGAGAGUCCCUCUGCCAGUGACUCUGGAGUCCUCCUGUCCCAAGAUCCUACAGCCAAACCAGUCCUGCUACUGCCCCCCAAAAAACCUGCUGCUUUCUCUGGAGACCAUGAGGAGACCCCAGUGAAGCAGUUGUCCCUUCUCAAGCAGCCCCCGGCCCUGCCUCCCAAACCCACUACCCGGAUUGCCAACCACUUAACAGAUCCUGGCGCCCCUGUGAAAUUGCCUUGUCUGCCAGUGAAACUGUCGCCUCCGCUACCUCCAAAGAAAGUCAUGAUCUGUAUGCCUGUAGGGGGCCCGGAGCUCUCCCUGGCGACCUACGCAGCCCAGAAGAGCAGCCAGCAGGGCGUGGCCCAGCACCACCACACGGUCCUGCCGUCCCAGAUCCAGCACCAGCUGCAGUAUGGCAGCCACGGCCAGCACCUCCCCUCCUCCACCGGCACCCUCCCCAUGCACCCCUCGGGCUGCAGGAUGAUAGACGAGCUGAACAAAACGCUGGCCAUGACCAUGCAGAGGCUGGAAAGCUCCGAGCAGCGAGUCCCCUGUUCCACUUCUUACCACAGCUCUGGUUUGCACUCGAGUGACGGUGUCACAAAAGCAGGACCUAUGGGCCUUCCGGAAAUAAGACAAGUGCCAACUGUUGUGAUUGAAUGUGAUGACAAUAAAGAAAAUGUGCCUCAUGAAUCGGACUAUGAAGACUCUUCUUGCCUGUACACAAGAGAAGAGGAGGAGGAGGAGGACGACGAAGAGGACGACAGCUCCCUGUACACCAGCUCCCUGGCCAUGAAGGUCUGCAGGAAGGACUCCUUGGCCAUCAAACUCAGCAACAGGCCCUCCAAGCGAGAACUGGAGGAAAAGAACAUCCUGCCCAGGCAGACGGACGAGGAGAGGCUGGAGCUGAGGCAGCAGAUCGGCACCAAGCUGACCAGGCGGCUGAGCCAGAGGCCGACUGCAGAAGAACUGGAGCAGAGGAACAUUUUGAAACCUCGGAAUGAACAAGAGGAACAGGAGGAGAAAAGAGAGAUCAAGAGGCGACUAACUCGAAAGCUCAGUCAAAGGCCCACAGUAGAAGAACUUCGAGAAAGGAAAAUCCUCAUCCGUUUCAGUGACUACGUGGAGGUGGCUGACGCUCAGGAUUAUGAUCGGAGGGCAGACAAGCCGUGGACCCGCCUCACAGCUGCAGACAAAGCUGCCAUUCGGAAAGAGCUCAAUGAAUUUAAAAGCACUGAAAUGGAAGUUCAUGAAUUGAGUAGACACUUAACAAGGUUCCAUCGACCUUAACAGUUAAAUUCCUCUUGAGUGCUAUGCUGUCUUCAAAACAUAAAUUUAUAAGAACCAUAAGUGCUGGUAUUUAUUCACUUCCCCAUUACGAUGUAAAUCUUCUGAACUGCCUUUUUUUAAAAAGAAGAAGAAGAAAAAUAAAAGGAAACGCAAUCAGGA